AUGAAAACACGGCGGCGACAGUACGUCUCUCUAGAUUCUUCGACCUCAUCAACGAAUGCAAAAGAAGAAAACUCAGAGACGAUCUCAACUGAUCUCAUGAUCGAAAUCUUCUUGAGGUUGCCGAGGAGGUCUAUAGCGAGAUGUCGAUGUGUAUCAAAGCUCUGGAACUCCAUGCUUCGCGAUCCGUAUUUCAUCGAGUUUUUGACUCGCCCCCGGUUCUUGUUCUCCUUCCGAAAAGUCGGUUGGGUAUGCCUUCUUGAUCUCCGGGAGAUAAAGGAAAAGAAAGGAACGGCUCAUGUGGUAUGUAACCCAAGAACGGGACAGUUGUUGCCUCUACCCAAAGUGAAGACGAAGAGGAGCUUUAGCGUGUAUAGUUUUCUUGGGUUUGAUCCGACUGAUGAAGAAUUCAAGGUGUUGACCAUAACCGGUGGGGUUGAGCAUCGAGUUCUGACGUUAGGGACUCGAAAACUUGAAUGGAGAAUGAUCGAAUGUGGCAUUCCAGAUCAUUAUCCUAUUAGUGAUGGGAUAUGCAUCAACGGUGGUUUGUAUUAUAUAGCUAGCUUUCAUGGGCCUGUUCGUGCGAUAGUUUGCUUUGAUGUGAGGCUGGAGAGGCAUAGAGUUAUUAACGAAGAUGAGGAAAUGCAUUUCCUAUAUUCUCUUCCAACUCUUGUAAACUACAAGGGGAAAUUAGGUGUUCUUGCUUCAGAUGGUGUUUCUUGGAUACACAGACUUACCCGAGAAAGCAAACAUAUUGUGUUGUGGGUUCUUGCAGACGCAGAGACACUUGAGUGGUCGAAGCAUGUAUAUGUAUUGCCAAAACCUCUGUGGAAGAAUGUAGUUGGAGUGACCACGUUGUUCUUUGUUGGAGUGAUUGGUGGUAGCGAUGAGAUUGUGUUGUCGCCGCAGCGACAUGUAUAUCCUCAGUUCUAUGUUUACUACUACAACAUGGAGAGGAAUACUUUCAGAAGAGUUGAGAUCAAAGGAAUGGACGUGGCGGAUAGGUACUAUGGCUGUUGCAUGACUCUAGACUAUGUAGAGGACGUGAAGCUUAUGGAAUAUGUUUAG